UUCACCUCUUCUUUUACCUUAGCUUCACGUACGAAACUCAAUCCUUUAAAUAUUUGGGGUUGUUAUCCUAAUCUCUUUUCAUAUGUAAGAAAAGCACAACAAUAUCACCAUUCACCAUUGAUAGCUUUGAAAAGACACCGUUAUGGAUAGAGAUAGAUAUCCAACGUUUUUCCCCGAGACAAGGCCGAGAAACCUCGCUCAAAAAAUUCUUUGGGAGCUAAAGGUGCAGCGGCCAAUAGUGCUUCCAUUGCUGGUGAUGAACUUCACUUGGUUUGCGAAGCUAUCCAUCACGUUGGUGUUUCUUGGGCGGCUGGGAGAGCUUGCCUUGGCCGGAGCCUCCCUCGGAUUCACCUUCGCGAAUGUCACCGGAUUCGCAGUCUUGAAUGGCCUGUGCUGCGCUAUGGAGCCCAUAUGCGGACAGGCGUUUGGAGCUAAGAACUUCAAGCUCCUACACAAAACCCUUGUCAUGGCAGUCUUGCUGCUGCUCCUAGUCUCUCUUCCUGUGGCUUUUCUGUGGCUCAAUGUUGACAGAAUCCUCAUUUGCUUUGGCCAACAAGAAGAUAUUUCACUUGUAGCAAAGAAGUACCUGCUAUUUCUCCUCCCUGAUUUGGUGAUUGUGUCGUUCUUGUGCCCUUUAAAGUACUACUUGAGUGCACAGAGCAUCACCAUCCCGAUCAUGCUAAGCACAGCUCUGGCCGUCGCUCUUCAGGUGCCGAUGAACUUGUUGCUCUAUAAGGCUAGAGGAGUUGAAGGGGUUGCCAUGGCUUUCUGGAUGACAGACUUUACAAUCAUGUUUCUGCUAGAUGUUUAUGUGGUGAUAUCUGAAAACUGGAAGAGCCGGAGAUGGGCGGAGGGAGGGUGGUGGGAGCAAAGCACCGGCGACUGGAAACAGCUAAUUAAGCUGGCCGUACCCUGCUGCCUGACUGUCAGCCUUGAGUGGUGGUGCUAUGAAAUAUUGGUUCUCCUCACUGGCCGCCUCCAUAACGCAAAGCAGGCAGUGGGGAUUAUCACCAUUCUGUUCAACUUCGAUUAUGUGCUUUACUCCGUGAUGCAGUCCCUGGCCACGGCUGCUUCCGUUCGCGUGUCGAAUGAGCUCGGCGCAAAUAAUGCAGCCAUGGCGCGAAUCUCGGCGUCUGUGUCACUGGGCUUAGGCGUGAUCUCCGGCAUUCUUGGCAGUUUGGCGACGGUUGGAGCCAGGGGAUUCUGGGGAGCUCUGUUCACUCAUGAAAAAGGGAUUACCAGAGGCGUAAAGAAGAUGAUGCUAAUAUUGGCUGUAAUGGAGAUAGUCAACUUUCCUUUGGCAGUUUCCAGCGGAAUAGCCCGGGGAACGGCCAGACCAUUGGUAGGGACGUAUGCCAGUGUCUGUGGAUUCUACCUGCUGGCCUUACCUCUGGGGGUGAUCUUAGCUUUCAAGCUCCAUCUUGGGCUCACCGGAUUGUUUGUCGGAUUCAUCGCCGGAGUUACUGUUUGUCUGGUGGUCUUGGUGGUGUUCAUUGCCAGGAACAACUGGGAUGAAGAAGCUAAAAAGGCACAAAUACUUGCCUGCUGCACAGAUGAAGAAGAAGAAGCUGCCAAUGAUGACAAAUCAGAAACACUUCCCAACUGCACAGAUUAAGAAAUCAUCCCUUUUAAUGAGAAAAUUAUGUUUCAUCAUAAAAUAUGUUCUUCCAAAUUACAGAAUAUAACAGAAUAAUCAUCCAUAUUUAACAUGA